GCUGUGGAGUCACGUCAGGCUGGUCAAGCGGGACGAGAUGGGAGCGACAAUCGACUUAACCCUGCAUGACAGCACGGGUCAGGUGCUGGCGGCCAUCAAGCACCUCAACUUGCGCCAGAUGGACGCGACGCCCGUCGCAGAGAUCCCCAAGGAGCUUCUGUGGCACCUGGAGUGGCAACCAGCCCUCACCGACCAAACAACCACCUCGACAAACGAGGAGGAGGAGGAGGAAGAGGAGGACGACAACCAGGAGGAGAUAGAGGCACGCGAGAGCCAACCAACUGACACGCAAGAGGCAGAGUCAACUCCGCCCAUGCGGUGCCUCGUCUUCGGCAUGUCCUCCGAGCUCAAGAGUGACUUGGCCAGCAGUGGAGCAGAGGCCAGAGUCGGCCUUGGCCUGGCCCCCGAAUCAAGGCUGCUGGCCUUCGGUGAGCUGCCCAGCGAUUCCGAGCUGGAGGCUCUCUUGGCGGCCCAGGAAGAUGAAGCGACGGGACGUCAGUAUCUGUGGGAUGCCAUUCUGUACCUGGGAGGGCUGCUGAGGCGACAAGAGGCGAGCGAAGUCGACGUCCUGAACGAAGCACUUUGCCUGACGCAAGCGAUGCUGGCGCUGGGUCGGAAGGUGCGGCAGAAUGCUCCUCCGAUGUGGCUCGUGACGUCUGGCGUCGCGCAGCCAUCAGAGGAGCAGAGUGCGGCAGACCUCGACUUGGUGGCGCAUGCGGGUCUGUGGGGCUUUGCCAAGAGCGCUCGAUUGGAGCUGGAAGCCAACAUCGGCAGACGAAUCCAGCUUGGCUGUAUCGACCUGCACACCGCUGGGUCUCAUCAGGUGGACCCCUCGAGUGUGGCCUCGCUCAUCGCAACCGUGCAGACGGAGAAGCGAAAGCCGCCGAAUGCUUAUGAGAGCGAGAUCAUGACGCGUGGUGAGGCUGACAAGCCGAGCGUCCUCUACUCCCGCCUCAGGAAGUCGGCAUUGCCUGUGAGAGGCGCCAUGGAGCUGUUCUUGCCUCGCCGCGGAGCCCUGAGCAACCUGAAGCUUCGCCCACUGGCCGAAGCCUCGCGCAUCGCCCCCCCUGCUGGCUGCGUGGAGGUGCGUGUGCGUGCGGUUGGUUUGAAUUUCCGUGACGUGUUGAACGUGAUGGGUCUGUAUCCUGGUGACCCGGGUCCGCCUGGCGGCGAUUGCUCGGGGACGGUCGUGAGUGUUGGAGCGGGUGUGACGCAUCUGAGUGUGGGCGAUGAUGUGUACGGUGUUGCACCCGGGUGUCUGCGGACGUAUGUGGCCACGGAUGCCCACUUGAUGGCCAUCAAGCCGGUGACCAUGUCGUUCGAGCAAGCCGCGGCGCUGCCAGUCGUCUUCGUCACGGUCCAAGUGGCCUUCAGGGAGCUCGCCAAGGUCACAAAGGGCGACAAGGUGCUCGUGCACGUGGCGACGGGAGGGGUGGGCUUGGCCGCUCUGCAGUACUGCCAGCAAGUGGGAGCGACCGUGUUUGCGACGGCCGGCAGUGAGGCGAAACGGGACUACCUGCGCCAGACGUGUGGCGUCCAGUACGUGACCACAUCGCGUGACGCCAAGCAGUUCAAGGAGGACAUGCUGUCGUUCCUGGGGGGCGCCAGUAGUGGCAAGAUCGAUGUGGUCCUCAACUCGUUGAUCGACGACUACAUUCCCUUCUCUCUUGACCUCAUGGCGCCCAACGGCCGCUUCAUGGAGCUCGGCAAGCGCGAGACCUGGACCAAGGACAAGGUCGCCGAAAAGAGGCCCGACGUCAUGUACGAGCUCAUCGCCGUCGAUCGGUUCAUUGAGGAGAACCCCUUGAGGGUCGAGACCAUCCUGCAGGACAUCUCCGCCGGAAUCGCUGCCAGGAGGCUGCAACCUCUUCCCCUGCACGUCUUCGACAUGACCAGUCAAGACCAGCAUGUGGGCGGUGUUGCCGGCUUCCGCUUCCUGCAGCGGGCGCAGCACAUCGGCAAAGUUGUUCUGAGCGUGCCGACCGCCAUCCAAGUCGAAACCGUCGCUUCUUCACAGGGCAGCGGCAGCUACGUCAUCACCGGCGGCUCUGGCGGCUUGGGUCUCUUGCUGGCCGACUGGCUGGUACAUGAAGGAGCUAAGCACAUCGUUUUGCUGUCGAGACGAGGCAAGCCGUCAGCUGCUGUGGCUGCCACGGACCUUUGGCAACGCCUCACGGCAGCGUCCAACACAUCCUUCAAGGUCCACUCCGUUGCCGCGGAUGUGUCCAGGAAGGACGACUGCGAGAGGUUGUUCCAGCAAGUGGCGGAGAGCAUCCCUGAUGCGCCAGUCAAGGGCAUCUUCCACGCCGCUGGUGUGCUGGAAGACGCAACGCUCAACAACCAGACGAAGGACAACAUCACUAAAGUCUACCUGCCAAAGGUGAGACGAGCACAUGGAUCCACUGGGGUCUUGACAUCAAUCUCUUGCGUAUUUGUUGCCUUAGGUCAUGGGAGCCUGGUAUCUUCACGAGCUAUCCCAGACAUUGCCUCUGCAUCUCGACCACUUCAUGCUGUUUUCAUCGGUGGCGUCCCUUCUGGGCAACUUCGGCCAGAGCAACUACUCGGCAGCCAAUGCCUGCCUUGACGCACUGACGGUCCAUCGACGGUCGAGGGGACUGGCCGCUCAGUCCAUUCAGUGGGGCCCGUGGGUUGAACAAGGCAUGGCGGCCAAGCUCCGCCAGCAUCUCGACAAGGUGGGCAUCAAGGGCAUCUCCAACGAGCUGGGACUACGCGUCAUGGGCGACGUCAUGAGCCACCAGCUGGCGACGGCCAGCCGGCCAGGAGUGGGCGUCAUCGGUUGUCAGGCCCUCAACUGGCCAGUCUUCUUGAGGCGCCACGAGACGGUGCCGAGCCUCUUUGCCGACAUCCCCAUGGCAUCCACGGCAGCCGCUGACGGCAAGGGCAGCCUCGAUCUGAGCAGGAUGAGCAGAGACGAUCUGGGAGACAUCCUGUGCUCACUCGCCGAGGAGGUGGCAGGGUCCGGUGAGAGGCCGGAGCCCGAUGCGCCUCUGAUGGAGCUCGGGUUCGACUCGCUCGGCGCCGUCGAGUUCCGCAACGCCAUCGCAGACAUGACAGGCGUCAAGCUGCCACAGUCCCUGGUGUUCGAGAAUCCCAGCAUCAACGACCUCGCCGACUUCAUCCUGAGCAGAGCGGCAACCAAGAGCAAAGACGAGCCGUCAGAUGAGGCGGCGGAGGGAGCUGACGGGCAGAAGACCACCGCAGAAGCCAUCGCGAGCGUCACUGGCAUCCCGGCCGACAUCAUGUCGCUGACGGUGGAGGAGUGGCUGCGCUUCACCUUCUCUAAGAACAAGCGCUACUUCCAGUACGUCGACGCCUUCGAGAACAAAUACCCGUCAGUCGACGCCAUGUCUAAGGAGAGCGACGUCCACGGAGCCAUAAGGUCCCUCAACGUCAAGAAUGCAGACGAUACGCAGCUGAUCGCGGCCGCGUGGGAAAGGCUGAUCAGCGCUGACACCACGGAGGCCAAGCCUGGCAGGAAGCAGAAGACCCCAGACGUGUACGAGGACAUGAAGAUGCUGUCCAGUUGGCUCGACGCCGAGAUUGCAGGACGCAUCAAGUCAGCUCUUCCACCGGUGCCCCAGAGCCAGGUUCGCCGUGUCCUGCUGACCGGCGUGACGGGCUUUGUGGGUCGCUGCCAACUGGUGACACUGCUCGAGAGGGAGAAGCCUGGCAAGCUCUUCGUGUACUGCCUCGUGCGCGCCUCUAGCGUCGAGCACGGCCUGCAGCGAAUCCGUCAGGCCUGCACUGAGGCGAGGAUAUGGCGGGAGGAGUUUACCGAGAGGAUCGAGGUGCUGCCUGGCGACUUCACGCUUCAGGACUUCGGACUGGGAGAGGAGAAAUUCCAAGAGCUGUGCCGCUCGAUCGACAUGGUAAGGAACAAAUGGCAACCAUGUCGAUGGUAGGGUCAUAAUCCUCUGUUGCGUUCUGUCUUCAGGUUUACCACACCGGUGCCGAUGUGAAUCUGAUGAACAACUACGCCAAGCUGCGUCACACCAACACUCUGGCCAUGAAGGGCGUCAUCCGCCUCUGCGCAACACACAGACUCAAGGAGCUCCACCACACGUCGACCCUUGGCGUCUUCCCGGUACCCAUACACACACACGAGUGUCGCCUAUCCUAUGUGUGGAUGCAUCUGUAUCAUCCAUCAUGUGUGUGAUGCGAAUGGACCUUUAGGCGUUCUACGCGGCGUUCGGUCAAGAGUUCAGCCGCAUGAGCCCCAUCAUGGAGGGUGUCUCGCCGGACGAGAAGGAGAUGAAGAAGUUCUUCCCUCCAACCGCCAUCGGGUACCCCUGGAGCAAGUGGGCCACCGAGCAGACACUCCGCAAGGCCCGCGACAUGGGCCUUCCUCUCUGCAUCUACCGCCUGCCCAACACCAACCUCAGCCUGCGCACGGGCUUCACCAACCGCACGGACUACCUCACGGCCCUCAUGGUGUCCUCCAUGCAAGAGGGCAUGUUCCCUAUCGGAGCCACAGCUGCGCCAUUCACACCCGCAGGUGAGAAUCGAAUCGCACGUCAAAAUGCUUCCCGCGCUGGGACAGCCAGCACAGAUAGAUUCUCUCACUAUCUGGUUUGUGCCUUGUUCGUUCGUUCUGUGCAGACACCAUAUCUGAGAUGUUGGUUGAGGCGUCCUUCCUUGAGAAUCGCAAGCACUGGUUCUACCACCUGGUGGAUGCUACCGUCGUCACAAGGUCAGUCAGGCACCAUGUCCACCCUAAGGCACGACAGCACUGGGACAUUUUGUCUUCGCCCUGUUGUGUGUGCAGGCACGAGCUGGAGCGGUGGUCAGCUGACAUGGGCGUGAGCUAUCGCGGUGUGCAGUACCAAGAGUUCCUCAAUGCCGUCAAGGAGAGAGGCCGGGCCUCGCCGAUCCAUCGAUUCGUACCACUCAUGCAGGUAAACAGUGAAAAAACGAAUGGUGCAAGGAAGUAGGGGAUACAUUUGGUUGUUGUCCCGUUCAGCAUUGGCGUCGGUAUUGGUUUGACUCUGAGGAGCGGACCGAGCCGCUGCCAAUCAGCAACAAACACAUCUUCGAGGAUCUGCCCAACUUCAAGUGGCCCAGUGGCCGCGACGUCUUCCAGGCAUCCUUCAUGGUGAGGGAGGGAGACAGACAUACCAGCUCACACACAGUCAGACUGACCUGGCUGGACGUGGUGCUUUUGCCCGCCUUCCUUCAGUACUCGUGCGAGGCUCGUUUCUUCAUGCCCAACUCCAAGUCGAUCGGGAUGGUUGCCGAUGACAUGGUGGCACUGGCCAAGAAGAACGCGGGCCUCGACACACUGCCGCACGGGCUGCCUGGCGGCGACGCAUUCUUCACCCAGCCCAUCCGAUCCCUCACGGACAGCGCCAGAGAGGACGUCAAGCUGAGCUUCUUCGGGCAGUUUGCACUCUCCCGGAGUGUGCACCAGCUGCUCAAGAACGCCCUCUUCCUCCAGGCCAUGGAGCAGCAGCACCCCGACAUCCUGCGCCAGCCCAUCUCUCAGCCGCUCGUCAUCGUGGGGCCUGAUGUGCUCAGCACCACCUUCCUCCAGCUGCUCAUGGCACAGGACCCGUCGAAUCGCGUGCCACGCUUCUGCGAGGUCAACUUCCCCUACGGCGAAGACGGAUCUUUCAGACCGGAACCACUACCCAAUAACGCUCCGUGGGAACAGGUACGCAUGCACAUCAUACCACCCAGCAAUGGGGCCUGGGCCGAUCGAUCGAUGAUUCGUGUGCGUGUCUUGUUUUGUUUCGUCCUGCAGGAUCCUCGGAUGGCGGCCGCCCAGCGGCUGCUCGAGUCCUCUCCCAUGCUGGGCAACGAGUACACGUCCAUCCUCCCUCGCAGCGGCGACAUGCCCGACGACGACACGGCCAUAUUCGAACACUCACUCCGCGCACACACCUUCUGCAUGGGGUAUGGCGCGCCGUCGUAUGGCGAGUGGCUCAAGGCGUCUGAUGGCACGGAGAUCAAGAAGGGCUAUGCAAUGCACAAGAGGUUCCUGCAGCACCUGCAGUGGCAGCGGGCGGGCGAUCGGUGGGUGCUCAAGAUGCCCGCACACAUGCUGGCUCUUGACGCGCUCUUCGAGACCUACCCGGAUGCACGGGUCAUCUUCCUCCACAGGUGAGUGAGGAUGGGAAGCCACACACAUAGGAGAUCUGUGGCAUCCCUCUCAUGUCUUCCUCUGCUGUUGAUUUGCUUUGCCAUUUCAGAGACCCCAAGGUUGCCCUCGGACCUGUCUGCAAGAUCGUCAGCUCUGUGCGCGAGAAGCUCAUGGACGACGCUGACGUCACGGUGACGAGCCAUCAGCAGGCGGAACUCAUGGCCGAGAUGGUCAACACGGCCGCCGCCUUCCGCAGGGACCACCCCGCACUGAAGGGCCGGUUCGUCGACGUGACGCAUGACGCGCUUCUCCGCGACCCCGUCGGGACGCUCAAGAAGGUGUACCGCCAGUGUGGGCUGUCGAUGUCUCGCCGCGCCUCCCACUCCAUGUGGGAGUUCAUCAACCAGCACCGCGACAAGCGAGACCAGCUCUUCAGACAGGUGGAGCCCCUCGACCAGUUUGGCAUCGACGAGGACGAGCUGGACGAGGCCCUCCAGCCGUACCAUGACAGCCGGCAGGUGCAGCAGGCGAGGCGGGGCUUCUCGCGUCUGCUGCCCACGUGCGGGGCCAACAUGAGACGGCCACCGAGUCGAGGAGAGAGGCGGGGUCUCACGCUGCCGUCGCUGCCGAGGCUGCCAAGCAUGCCCAAACGGCGCAGCGAAUCGUACCGACAGGACAAGUCGAGCCUGCAGUAGUCAUGUAGGUAGAGAGAGGUGCUGAGGUGCUGUAGAGUGUAGGUCUGUCUGUAGUGUUUAAGAAAAUUUCUCUGUAGUGUCACAUGCAUACAUCACAUCAACCAGUCUGACGUCAAGGGAGGGAGGGCAUUCCACGGGUUGGGUUGGGUUGGGUUGGGUGAUCACUGUGUUGUCGUGUAGCCAUCCACCCACCUCCCUGUGCACACGGCUAAGCCAUUCAUAUAUUAGCCGUCAGGCGUGCCAUGCGGUCUGUUUCUGUCCUUCUCUGUGGCCUAUGUUUUUCGUACUUUAGUUUCGUAUGCAUGGAUAAUUCUGUUCGUGUGUCCCAUCUGUCUGUCUGUCUGUCUGUGUGUCUGUUUGGCUCAAUGAAGGUGGGUUCGGCAGAAAGGUAUCUGAGUAUUGGUCCGCUCAGAGGAGAGCACGCUCGGUGGAUGUGGACUGCGAACGCGGGGGGAGCACGAUGGUUUCAGUUUGUGAGCAGUGAGUUGAUGUCGUGUUGUUUUGAGGCAAUCGCACCUUCCGUCCCCUGUGCUGAAAUCGCAGCCAUGUAUGGACGAAGCUGACGAAGCUUCCGACACCUUUUGCCAUACCAUCCACCAGCUGUUCUGUGCUCUCGUGUGUGGUGUGCCUGCCUGAUACGUAUGUGACGCGUGUGUGUGGUGUGUACAGAGUGUGUGGCGUGUGUGAUGUGUACGUGCUGUGUGUGGUGUCUGCAUGUCGUGCCGGCCGGCCAUGGGCUGCAUCGGUGAUUGUGAUGGUGCAUCGCCCGGGUGGCCACACCAGGCCUGUGGGGGUGUCUCUUGAGCGUCCAUGCCACGGUUGCUGAUCGAUAUUGUUAUUUGUGCUGAAUGCCGGUACAUGACCAGCCAGCUCAUACAUAGGGCAUCCAUCCGUUCUGCAUUCCGCCCUGCGUGUUGCCUCUAUCUCGUUGUGCUAGACCACACUGCCAACCGCUCGCCGUACUCACCACCCACAAUGCGAGCAACUCUGCACGGUGGUGUCUGUCUGUCUUGUGACCGUGCUUUUUCCCAUUGUCUUUAUCGUGCUGUGUCGUACGGUGUUCUUUUUACUUAUUUAUUGGCGGUGCGAGUAAAGGGCAAAGGAGGGAGGACACGCAAGCAACACAUGUGAAUAUGAAGAUAUGACGGGCGUGAGCUGGCUCGACUGUUGUUGACCUGACCUGAGCUGACGGGAUGCGAUCAUUUUUCUCUGAGGAUAGAUCCAUGAGAUGCAGCCGUUCGGUG